AGUUCGCUUCUGCUGCAGUGUUCGUGAUCAAAUAAAACGCGUUGCGGCGGUGCUUCGUAAUAUAGGACUGCUCAGGUACUUCGUUCAACCGUCAAGGGAGUGGUGUAGAAUCAACAGCCAGAGUAUAGCGCUCUAGUGACCGACGGGGGACUCGACUUCAAACUGUUUUCCCGGGACUCGAAUCUAUUCAGGGUUACCAAUUGAGUCACGGUAACUCGCUCUUGAACCGAGAGACCAACGGUAUCUCAUUUAUAUCGUAUGGAGUUCAGGCGAGGAGCAACCCACUAACCAUGCUGCACUCAUAAGCUUUUGGCGCCGUCUUUGUUUGCAGAGGAAAGUCUGCAGCUCACUUUCCUUUUUCCAGCGGAGGCGAGAUUCGUAUUUUAUUUUAUUUUUUUGGCAGCCUUUCUUCUGCCUCUCUCUCCUUCCUUUCCCCCGACCGGCUCGCUCCCGUCGCCAACCAACUGACUGGAAGAAAGAAGCAUCUUUGUUUUUACGGAGUAUACACUUGCCUGCUCGAUCAGCACCAUGAAUUCGGAUAUAAAUGUGUACCUCGGCCGGGAUAAAACGGGCAUCAUGCGGAAGAGAGCCCUGCUUCUCCGGAAAGGGUGUAGUUUUGAGAUUAGUUCGAGCUCUGCCUCGGAGGACUUGGGCUGCAGGCGUGGAGACUUCAGCCGAAAACACUAUGGCUCUGUCGAGCUGCUGAUCUCCAGUGAUGCAGAUGGAGCCAUACAGAGAGCGGGCCGCUUUCGAGUGGAGAAUGGCUCAUCAGAUGAGCCAAUGGACUACACCCCGGGAAUCUGGAGAAGAACCGAUGUCCAUUUGGAGAACCCAGAAUACCACACCAGAUGGUUCUUCAAAUACUUCCUGGGAAAAGUCCACCAGAAUUACAUUGGUACGGAUGCAGACAAGAACCCCUUCUACCUGUCUGUGGUUCUGUCUGACCAGAACAAUCAACGGGUCCCUCAGUAUAGAGCCAUCCUCUGGAGGAAGACAGGAACUCUGAAGAUCAGUCUGCCAUACAGCCCCACUAAAACACUAUCAGUCAAGUCCAUCUUAAGUGCGAUGAACCUGGACAGGUUUGAGAAGGGCCCGAGGGAGAUUCUCAACCCAGAGAUACAGAAGGACCUACUGGUGUUGGAGGAGCAAGAGGGUUCUGUUAACUUUAAGUUCGGUGUCCUGUAUGCCAAAGAUGGACAGCUCACAGAUGAUGAGAUGUUUAGCAACGAAACAGGAAGUGAGAGCUUCGUUAGGUUCAUCAACCUGCUAGGGGACACAAUCUCUCUGCAGGGCUGGGCGGGUUACCGCGGUGGACUGGAUACCAAAAAUGACACUACAGGAAUGAACUCCAUCUACACAGUGUAUCAGGGCCAUGAGCUGAUGUUCCACGUCUCCACCAUGCUACCCUAUUCCAAAGAGAACAAGCAGCAGGUGGAGAGGAAAAGACACAUUGGGAAUGACAUUGUCACCAUAGUGUUCCAGUUCCAGGAUGGGGAGGACACAUCUCCGUCAUUUAAACCCUCCAUGAUCAGAUCACAUUUCACACAUAUCUUUGCGUUAGUUCGAUACAACAGUCAAAACGACAGUUACAGAUUGAAGAUUUUCUCCGAGGAGAGUGUGCCACUGUUCGGACCGCCCCUCCCCUCACCACCAGUGUUUACAGACCACCAGGAAUUCAGGGACUUUUUGUUAGUCAAGCUAAUCAAUGGAGAAAAGGCCACCCUGGAGACGCCCACGUUUUCCCAGAAGCGCCAGCGGACUCUGGACAUGCUGAUCCGUUCCCUCUACCAGGACCUCAUCCCUGACCUCCACAAGGUUCCCUUCUCUCCCCAGAACAUGCUCAACAGACGCUCGUUCAGUGACGUGCUUCCAGAGUCGCCCAAGUCCGCCCGCAAGAAGGAGGAGGCACGACAGGCCGAGUUCGUCAGGAUAGGACAGGCACUAAAGCUCAAGACCAUCGUCAGAGGAGAUGCCCCCACCAGUCUGGUCACUACGGGCCUGUGUAGAAAAGAGCCUUGGGAGUCCCAGUCGUUCUGCAGUACGUUUUCCUAUGAGACAGUGUGUGCCGACUCCUGGGGUCAGUCUCUGUUGGUCGCCACGGAAGCAGCAGGGGUCAUGAUGAUAGAUGCUGUUGAUCCACUUCUUUCAAACCCAGACGCCCAGGUCCUGCCCCCAGUGCAGGUGUUUGAUAAGACCAUGGUGGUGAAGCAGAUGCAUGUUCUAGAGCCUCAGGAUCUCCUCAUCACCAGGACUGACAAAGGGAAGGAUGCGCGUCUCUAUGUGUUCAGACUGAGCAUGCUCAAGAGAGGCCUGGAGGAGAGGCAGCUGGUUCGCACCAAGUGUGACAGCCGAGAAAACAAACUGGAGAAGACUAAAGGGUGUCACCUGUACUCUAUCAACACCCACCACGGGUCAGAGUUGAGGAUCGUGGCAGCCAUCAGAAACAAGCUCCUCCUCAUCACCAGGAAACAGCCCCGCCCUGAUGGCAUGGGCAACCUCGCCGCCACAACCGACUCGCCCGUGGACCAGUUCCAAUACAUACGGGAAAUCUGUCUGUGUGAAACUCCGGUGGUGAUGGCUUUGGUGGACGGUCCUACAGGGGAGAAUGACAACAUGAUCUGUGUGGCCUACAAACACCAGUUUGACCUGAUCAACGAGAGCACCGGGGACGCGUACAGGCUACACCACGUAGACGCCAACCGGGUCAACUUUGUGGCAGCCAUCGACGUGUACGAGGAUGGGGAGGCUGGUCUUUUGUUGUGUUACAAUUACAUCUGCUCCUAUAAGAAGGUGUGUCCGUUCAACGGCUCCACCCCCAUGAUCCAGUCCAACGCGUCUGACUUCCACUUCAGCUGGAACCAGAUGCCCAAUGCCAUCGUGUGUGCAUUCCCCUACAUCCUGGCUUUUACCACUGACUCCAUUGAGAUCCGGCUGGUUGUCAACGGUAACCUGGUCUAUACAGCUGUGGUACCAGAGCUGCAGCUGACUGCCUCGAGGUCGGACAUCUACUUUGUGUCGUCCGCCCCGGUCAACUCGGCUUCCAACUGCAGCUCCCGGGACACCAGUUCCCAGAGUUCGCCACAGACGCCCACCGGCUACGAGAUGCCCGUGUUCCCCUCACCGCUUGGAGACGAUUCUAUACGGAUCCCCUAUGGUACCAAGCUUUCCCUGUACAUGUCUAAGGAUGCCGAAGGUGAGACACAGUGUAAGCAUAUCUUCAAGAUCCCCCUGAGUAACCUGGUGGGCCGCAGCAUCGAGAGGCCCCUCAAGUCCCCGCUGGUCAACAAGGUGGUGACGGGCUUGACAGCACAGGUCCCUAGCAUGUGUGUGGCCCCCGCGGGGCCCCUCAUGCAGGGGGCUUCGCACACCCUGUCACUGUCCCGCAUGGAGAUCAAAGAGAUUGCCAGCCGCACCCGCAAAGAGCUGCUCGGCCUAACCGAGGAGCCGGGCGGUAAGUCCGGCACUGUCAAACAGAGGAAGAUGAGCAAGAAGACCACUGAGGAAGAGCCAAAGGCACGAGCACUGACCUCCACUAGCAGUGACAGGAUGGGCUCAAAGUCGGGCAACGCGGACUCAGACGUCCAACGGCACUGCUCGUUCAGCUCGGACGAUGCGGCGCUUCCAGAGGAGAGCCCGCCAUUGGCCAGCGCCUUCAAUCUCUCCACAUCCUUCGAUGAUGAUGUCCUGGACCUAAAGUGAAGACAAUCCCAUCAUGCACUUCUCCCCCUCAUCCCCCUCUCUUUUCUCCUCCUUCGGUCAUUUUGUUUUGGUUGGGUUUCUUGUUUUUGUUUUGUUAUCUCCUUUGUCUGGGUCUUCAUCCUCAGACAUGGUGGGUAAAGGAGGAGUAAUUGUGUAAAGUUGUGUGUGCGUGUUUCAUAAGCAGUCGGUCCCCGCAGUCAGUAUGUGUGUAUGUGUGUUGCACUGCAGCGAGUACCCCAAAGAAAACGAGGUCAUUUGAGGUGGAUUGUUCAGAGUACAGGUGUCAUUAUGCGGCGAAAGGUUUCAUCUAUAAACGAAAACUGAAUGUAAAUCUACACACCAAGGCACAACAAAAAAAACGUUUUGAAACAGCACCCUCGCGAAGUGGCUUAUCUUUUAUUGUAUAUUAUUUCCAAUUACACUUUCAAAUAUAGUAUAAUAUAUGCAUAUUUAUGUGUACAUCUAUUUAUACAUUAAGAUGCAUACACAUUGACAGACAUGAAUACCUUUAUAGAUACAUUAUAAUAGACAUUUUAUUCACAUAUUUAGUAAAUGUACGAUGUUUUAUGCUCUCCAUGUCUGUCAGUCUUGUUCCUUCCCAACUCUGUGUGCAGGUAUACAGGACUGGACUAGAGGCAGAGUUUCCCACAAGUGCCACAUCCCUACAUCCUCCACUAAACUACAACUCCCAUCAGCCACCAGUCACCUCUCCUCUAAUUGGCUGGUCUCUGACAGUAGCAGUCAUAAUCAUGUAUCCCUCUGUAGAUAACACCCACAGUGACUCUGUGAGCUAGGUUUUAAUACGCAUAUAGUCAAACACACCCACACCUCUAGGGCCUCUAAAAGCACCUACUGUCCUGUCUCUGGCUAUCCCUGAGAAUCCAUUCACAGAAUAUACUCUCCUAUACACAGAUCGCAACCUUCCCAGACAGUUAGUUUACUGUGGCCCAACACAGUUUAGUCAGGGGCCAAUUGGCCUGUUAGCGCAUCGCCUUUACAGUGGGCCUUUACAGUCUGUCCAGUAUUGGGCCGCUAGUGGCAUCGGCUGCCAACAGGACACCCUCAGCUUAUGUGCUUUAUCGUGGUAUGCAGACUCUUAGCCACCAGUUGUUCACUUGUUAGUUGGGUUGGAGAAUUGAUCAAGUGGCCAACUACUUCCAUUUAGGAGUGAUGUAAUGAGGUAACGUAGUCAGUCAUAGGGCACAUCCCAAAUAGCACCCUAUUCCCUAUUUAGUGCACUAAUUUAACCAAGGCCCGUAGAGCUCUGGGUAAAAGUACAGUGCACUAUAUAGGGAAGAGGCCGCUAUUUGGGAUGCAGGCAGUGGAUGAGAGACCAGACAGAUGGUAGGUACUGUAGCCUACCUCAGAGUCCUUAUAGGAUCUAUUUGGUAGAAGGAAUUAUCUCCUCUCCAGCUGUUCACUAGGAGCAAGGCAUAACUCACCAAGUGCAAUGGAACAUUACAUGAAACACGAGUUAUGAUGCAUGUAGAGCGAGUCGGCUGAAACAGCACAGAGGAAGCCAUAACACUUAACCUCCUCUGGUACCAGAGAUAUAGUAACCAAGCCCAAUGAUUAGGGUGAUAUCAGCCUAUCAGUACACAGGUCAGCGGUCAGGCAUCAAUCAACCAAUCAAAUGUAUUUAUAAAGCCCUUUUUACAUCAGCAGAUGUCAUAAAGUGCUAUACAGAAACCCAGCCUAAAACCCCAAACAGCAAGCAAUGCCGAAGCACGAUGGCUAGGAAAAACUCCCUAGAAAAGCAGGAACCUAGGAAGAAGCCUAGAGAGGAACUCUGAGGAGUGGCCAGUCCUCUUCUGGCUGUGCCGGGUGGAGAUUCUAAGAGUACAUGGAAAUUUAAGGCCAGAUUGUUAGUCAAGAUGUUCAAACGUUCAUAGAUGACCAGCAAGAUCAAAUAAUAAUCAGUGGUUGUGGAGGGGGCAACAGGUCAGUACCUCAGGAGUAAAUGUCAGUUGGCUUUUCAGAGCCGAGCAUUCGGAGGUCGAGACUGUAGGUGCAGUAGAGAGAGAGAGAGUCGAAAACAACAGGUCCGGGACGAGGUAGCACGUGGAAGAUCUCCACCGCAGGAGCCCGAGGGGGUACAAAACCGGACAGGAAGAUCACGUCUGUGACUCAACCCACUCAAGUGUCUCAUAUCUAGAGAACCAUGGGAAAUGUAGGGUCAACACUAUCUAGCGUACUUGAGUCAGUCUCACGGUCUCGUGAUGAGGUAGCCCUGCCUGUGACUUCAAAAUCAAUGUCACUCUCGGCCCUAGAGGGAAUUUCCUAUUGGGGUAACGGGCUAAUGUUUAGGACAUUGCUUUCUCCCAUGGAAGACCAGGUUCAGAUCCCACCCUGACAUACCGGAGGAUAUUGUCUUGGCAGUGUCUUAUGCUGCAUCAUCCUGAGUAGUGUUAGGGAUGAGACAUUGGCUAAAGUACCAUUUUGGCCAUGCUGUUAUUACUACUCUACAGGUCAAGGUGAUAUUGCUGAGAAGGGAAAGUUAUUGGCUAAAGCAUGUGCAUCUGUUCGGCUACGCGGAGAGCCCUCUGGGUGGUCGGCUUGCGACAUGGCUGUGCAUCCGUUCGGCUACGCGGAGAGCCCUCUGGGUGGUCGGCUUGCGACAUGGCUGUGCAUCCGUUCGGCUACGCGGAGAGCCCUCUGGGUGGUCGGCUUGCGACAUGGCACCCCUCUUCUGAUCUUGCAUGAGCCCCCCGCUACGUUUUAUCUCUCUCCCUCUCUCAUUCUCUUCUGUUACUCUCUGUAAUUGCCUGUCUCAAUGUGGCCUCCUUCAACACUAUUACUCAAAACUGGAGGGAUGAAAAAAGGGAAUAAAUAGGAGUACUAUUAUUGCAAUGGAAUUGUACUUGUUUAUUAUGCUGGUUCUUACCAUGAGUGUAGGUGAAUGGGGGUGGGAUGUCUGGUGGUUUGAAGGUUUAUAAUACAGCUUCUAUCACUUUGAUCUUUGUCCCUGUUUCUCUCCUUUGUUUCCUUUGGCCCUGUUACGUUCACACCGUCCCGACUCCUUGAUGUUUUCACAGUGGUUUUUGUAUCUAAAUCAAUAUUAACUGUUUAGGCUGUUGCUCAACCUCUCUGAUGUAUAUGAAAACGGAAGAAGAAAAACAAAACACCAAGUGUCUUAAAAAUAAUGUAUCGCCAUCGUUUUUAAUGCCAAGUACUACUUGUAAAUGUGUGUGUUUCAAAUGUGGCCUCAAAUGAAACUGAACUAUUAUUAUUAUUUGAAAAAUUGUUUCAAUUAUUUGAACAAGUGCUGUAGACCACUGCUGUGAAAGUAGUAAAUUCUGCUCAUUGAUAUGUAAUAAAUAUUUAUGAAAUUUGAAAACAUUUUGUUUGUAGUCUUCCUAAUAAUGGAAUAGUUAUUUUUGGCGCUGUAAUAUAAGAAAUGGCUGGAAACCUGAUAUGUACCACACUCUGUAAGGAUCUACCUGCUUCAACAUUGUAGCUGUUUCCUGGAGUCAAAUGGCCAGAUUUCCCCUUUAGUGGCCUCAUGGGUGGAAUGUUAAUAUUUUUCAUAAUUAAUAUAAACUUGCAGAGAAUCUGGUGUUUCUAUGUCAAAUGGUUUUGUUAUAUUUCAGUCGUCUGUGAUUUAUAUAAAGUGUAAUAUUGGGAUGAAACUCUGA